UCGCCCGCGCAGUAGAUCCAAAAAAAAUAAAAUGAGAUUGACACAGUUGAUAAAAUUUGUAUAUUUUGUAAAAUAUGUGAUAUAAACGAAACUUGUUAGUUAAAAUGCAAGCAAAAAAGCGCUAUUUACUCUUAUUCGUGUCAUGUGCGUUUCUAGCGUAUUGGUAUUUUGGUGGUUACCGCUUGAAAAGCAGCAAGAUUAUAAUGGACGAUCAUUUGCCUGUGUUUGUUAAUUUAGAUCAAGUUUAUACAGGAAGUAUCCAAAGGCAGCGUGAAAUUUCGCCAAUCAGUAACAAUAAAUUGUGUAGCAUGGAAAACUGUUUUGAUUUCGGUAGAUGUCAACGAGGUUUUCGAGUGUACGUGUAUCCUCCUAAUGAUAAUAGUACGCCUAGUCCGUCCUACCAAAAACUGCUCAAUGUUUUAAUGGAAUCGCGAUAUUACACUGCCGACCCUAGACUAGCUUGCUUAUUUGUUCUAAGCAUAGACACUCUUGACAGAGACCGCCUCAGUGCUGACUAUGUCAGGAACAUGCAGUCGCGUUUGCAGCAUUUGCCACAUUGGAACAAUGGCCUCAAUCACGUCAUUUUCAACUUGUACUCAGGCACUUGGCCUAACUACACCGAAAACAAUCUUGAUUUCGAUUACGGAAUGGCCAUUCUCGCAAAAGCGAGCAUGUCAGAGAGUCACAUGAGGACAGGCUUUGACAUUAGCAUUCCCUUAUUUCACAAAGUCCACCCUGAGAAAGGGGGCGAAGCUGGAUCAGUACUAGCCAACAGUUUGCCCCUACAAAAGAACUACUUACUGGCUUUUAAAGGAAAAAGAUAUGUGCAUGGAAUUGGCUCAGAUACAAGAAAUUCCUUGUAUCACUUACACAACAGAAAAGAUAUGAUUAUGGUCACGACAUGCCGCCAUGGCAAAAGCUGGAAGGAUAUGAAAGACGAACGCUGUGACCAAGAUAACAAAGAAUAUGACAAAUACGACUAUGAAGUCUUACUACAAAAUUCCACGUUUUGUUUGGUUCCUAGAGGGAGGCGAUUGGGGUCGUUUAGAUUUUUAGAAGCUUUACAAGCUGGUUGUAUACCAGUCUUAUUGUCAAAUGGUUGGGCUUUGCCAUUUGCUCAAAAAAUUGAUUGGAGUAAAGCUGCUAUAUGGGCCGAUGAAAGACUACUCCUUCAAGUACCUUACGUAGUACGUUCAUUAUCACCAUCAAAAAUUCUACAAUUACGUCAACAAACACAAGUUUUGUGGGAUAGGUAUUUUUCGUCAAUUGAAAAAAUUGUCUACACAACGUUAGAAAUCAUACGUGAGCGUUUACCUUAUGAACCAUUUAGAGAUGCCACUGUUUGGAAUACACUACCUGGGGCUUUAGUUACGUUGCCAAGUUUUUCGGAUCACCCGAAAAGUUUUCCAUUCCAGAUAGAAUAUAGUGAUGUUGAUGGCUUCACUGCUAUUAUUUAUUGCCAACUAGGACUGCCGCUAACACCAUCAGCCCCCCUAUACAGGCUUGUUACUAAUAUCGCUCGAAGUAAAUAUGUCUCAAAAAUAAUCGUAGUGUGGUCGAAUGAUAAGCGUCCCCCCAGCAAGUCGCGCUGGCCUUUAUUACCCCACAAUAUCAGUUUGCACGUGAUUCAACCUGAAGGUGAGCCUACGAAGCCCAGCAUUUCACAGCGGUUUUAUCCACACCCCCAAAUCGACACGGCAGCUGUGCUAUCACUAGACGAAGAUUCUGUUCUUACAACUGACGAAGUGGAUUUUGCUUACAUCGUUUGGAAGAAAUUCCCGGAUCGGGUCGUGGGAUACCCUGCAAGGUCCCAUUAUUGGGACGACUCGAAAUCAACAUGGGGCUACACCUCAAAAUGGACAAAUGAUUAUUCUAUUGUUUUAACAGGGGCAGCUUUCUAUCAUCGUUAUUACAAUGUUUUGUAUACAGAAUGGUUGAGUCCGCUCUUGCACAAGACUGUGGAGCAGAGCCAGAAUUGCGAGGACAUUUUGAUGAAUUUUUUGGUCAGUCAUGUGACGCGACGGCCGCCUAUCAAAGUGACGCAACGGAAACAGUACAAAGAACAACCGACUAUCGGAAGUUGGUCGCCGUGGAAUGAUCCUGAUCAUUUUAUCCAAAGACAGACUUGCCUGAAUACCUUUGCUGCAGUGUUUGGUUAUAUGCCAUUACUUCGAUCCAAUCUGCGAUUGGAUCCAGUGUUAUUUAAAGAUACUGUUGCUAAUAAAAGGAAAAAGUACAGAAAAAUUGAAUUGGUGGGCAGUUAGUCCACGUUUUUGUUGUCUUUUUAACGAUUGCUUAAUUCUGUACUUUCCCGAUAUUCGGAAACGUAUACUUUAUAUCCAUGUAUCUUCAUGUUUUUACGUGCAAUGUUUUAUUUUUAUCUUGAUCAAAUUUCAAUGCAUAUCCUAUUAUCAGUGCUGAAACUUAAAACUUCUUUUAUAUUUUUACAAAUACGUUUUUAUAUAAAAAACAAUAUCUUAAGGUAUAGGGUUAUAUACUGUAGUUAAAACUAAAUAUUGUUUUUAUCAGUUAAUAUUUUAUAAUCAAAUGAUUCAUUUUAUACAUCGUGACUUUGUAAAAUUCGAUCAGUUACAAAAAAAUAUAUUCCACAAAUAAAAAUAUUAAAACUA